AGCAAAUUAUUGGUGAUCCAACUUUUGACAGAGCAACCCUUUGUGUAGUAGAAAGAAACUAUCCUAGUAGAGAGGAUUAUCUUAAAAAUCCCAAUUCAGAAGCCAAAGAUGUUAUUUAUCAUCAGGAUUGUUACAAACAAAAAUAUUUUAUCAUAAAUGAUGUUAAUGAUCUAAGAAAGAUGGCUAGAAAAAUGGCGAAAAAGGUUGCAGUUGCGGAUGCUCUGAUAAACUUCCCAAGGAAAAGUUCGCUCAAUUACGAGAACAAUUUCAAAAUCUUUCCAAAAAAAGAACAAGAUGCUUUUCUAAUGGCUCAACUUAUAAACACUGAGGAAGGAGAAACUACUACUAAAACUUAUUUUAACAUGUUAGGAAUAAGUCUCAAAUAUUUUGAAAGUGUUAAAGACCACUUUCUAAGUGAAGAAAAAGUAAAAGAAUUUUUGGAGAAAUAUGCUCAAAAACAUGGUCAACCUGAUCCUAGUCAAAAAUAUGCUCGAAAAAUUGCAGUUGAUGUCAGAUCCAGUGGAGAAGUUGUUUUCUUACCUACUGAAAUGAGCUAUAAAUCAGUUCAUGAUGAUUUUGUUAUAAGUUUUGAAAAAGAUAAUAAGUUAAAGUCCUUAAAUCAAGACUAUUUCGUAACUCGUUACAAAGUUCACUUAGCAGGAGUUCAUAAUGAAGCUACCAAGGAACAAAUUAACUAUGUUAAUGGUGAGAAUGAAUUACUAAAUAAAGGUCCCAAUGGCAUCCUAAGCAUAGUUCUUAACGGAAUUAAACAAUUUAACCGCGGAGAAAAACAUCUCAAAAUUAAUUGUGAUAAUUCAGCAGGACAAAACAAAAACAAGGAUUAUUAUGAAACUAUCGAACAAAAUUUCAUGCUGAAAGGACAUAAUAAAUCUAAAGUGGAUGGUAGUUUUGGCAUGAUUAAGAGAAGAUAUAAAAAGUCUACUGUUUACAGUAUAGAACAAUUUGCUGAAGUAGUAAAGAAAUCUAGUCCAACAGGCUAUAAUAAAGUUCAGUGCUAUAAAGAUGGUAAGGGAUUUCAGUAUUAUGAUAUCAGAGAAAGUUUAGAACCCUACUUUACUAAAUUGCCUAAUAUUGGAAAGUAUCAUCAUUUCCUUAUUGAGAAUUCUAACCUUGGAGUAGUAAAAGUAAAGGAACUUGUUGAUAGUCCUUGA